AUGGCGCUGGAUCCUCGUGGUUUCCCCGGUGUUGCUUCUGAGGUCCGCCAGCUCAAAUCCUCAGCUUCAACACCUUCCCUGCGCUCAAGAGAAUCCGAGCUCGUUCCAAUGGGCAGAGCAACACCAGACAAUGGAGGAGGGAAUGUAAGGGUGGUUGUCCGAGUGAGAGGCUUUUUGCCUCGAGAGAUCGACCGGGGAGCAGAAUGUCUCGUGGAGAUGAACCCAGAUACCCAAGGAACCAAGCUACUCAUACCCAAUACUACCGACGCUGCCAAUGCGCGCACCCAAAGCAGGAAGAUAGUGGAGGAGAAGAAUUUUAUCUUCGACAAUUCGUUUUGGUCGCACGAACCAGAAGACGAGCACUAUGCGCAUCAAGAGGACAUCUACAAUGCGCUCGGAGAAGAGUUCCUGGACCACAACUUCGAAGGCUACCAUACUUGCAUCUUCGCCUACGGCCAGACAGGCUCAGGCAAAUCAUACACAAUGAUGGGGACUCCAACCCAACCAGGACUCAUCCCUCGGACCUGCGAGGAUCUCUUCCAGCGCAUUGAAUCUAGCGUCUCUCCUCAUAUCUCAUACACCGUACGCGUCUCUUACUUCGAAGUCUACAAUGAGCAUGUUCGCGAUCUCCUGGCCCCUCCCAGCCAAUCGUCAGAAAAGCACCCUUACUAUCUCAAGAUCCGCGAGUCCCCAACGGAAGGACCGUACGUUAAGGACUUGACCGAUCUUCCUGUCAAGAAUUACACCGAGCUCCUCCGCUACAUGCGUCUCGGCGACGCCAGUCGGACUACAGCAUCCACCAAAAUGAAUGAUACAUCUUCCCGCUCUCAUGCCGUCUUCACCAUCAUGCUCAAGCAAAUUCAUCACGACCUAUCCACAGACAGUACCACCGAACGCCUUGCUCGUAUUCGAUUGGUUGACCUGGCAGGAAGCGAGAGGGCGAAGGCGACAGAAGCCACUGGUGCUCGUCUCAGGGAAGGAAGCAAUAUUAACAAGUCUCUGACCACCCUAGGACGUGUCAUCGCAGCUCUUGCAGAUCCUCGCCAUGGCCGUGUGCACAAUGGCGGCAAGACGCGAAGCAAAGACGUUGUGCCUUAUAGAGACUCGAUUCUUACCUGGCUGCUCAAGGACAGCCUUGGAGGCAACAGCAAGACAGCAAUGAUUGCUUGCAUCGCCCCCUCCGACUACGAUGAGACUCUGUCAACUCUUCGGUAUGCGGAUCAAGCCAAACACAUCCGCACGCGUGCCAUCGUCAAUCAAGAUUCUGUGUCAGCAGCGGAGCGAGAUGCUCAGAUCCUGGAGAUGCAGAAUACGAUACGUGAAUUGCAAGUCCAAGUCUCUGUAGCGAAUCAAGCAGCCAGUGAGCGAACGAACAGAAGCAGAGAAGCAGUCUCAGCUGCAGAUAAGAGUGUGGGAGCUAGGGACGACAAGCUCGAAGAGUAUCAGAGUAAAGUGGAGCGGAUGCAACGCAUGAUGGAAGAGGAGAGACUGGUAGGGGAAAGCAAAAUUCGCCAGCUGGUCGAGCAAAAUGAGGCCUUGAGGUUGCAUCUCAAACUCGCAGUGGAGAGCUUGAGAAAUCCUAUAGCCGUUACCCCUCCAGCUCCACAGACAGAGAGCGUUGUGCAGGACGACCUCAAGCAGCAGACGUUUGAGAAUCAGGAAGCGGACAAGGAGAAUACUCCUGAAUUCGAGGAAGAGGAAGAGGAAGAUCACGAGGAAGAGAGUCCGCAUGACAAUGACAGGGCCGAGACUGAAGCUGUGGAGAUGCAGGCGAGGAUGGAGGAGUUGUUGAAGGACUUGGGAUUGUUUAAGCGGAAGGUGGCUGAUGAUCAUGCACGAUUUGGGAUAGGGAGGCAGAGGCCUCCGUUGGGGGAGGUCAGGGUCAAUUGA